AUGAGCGAGAAAGACUACAAAAAGCUUGUUGGGAAUAAGUCAAAGCUUUCUGAAAACUCAUUCUGUGUAGACUGUGGGACAAAAAGUCCAAAGUGGGCGUCUGUGCGAUACGGAACAUUCUUCUGUCUGGACUGUGCGGCUGUCCACAGGUCUCUUGGUGUGUACUUGGACUUUGUGAAGAGCGUAAAUCUUGAUGGAUGGGACAAGGAGUCCUAUUUACCAAUGGAAUAUGGUGGGAACAAGAGGUUUGUAGAUUAUGUAGAAAUGAAGGGACUGAAAGACCUCGACAUUGAGAGCAAGUACAAGAGCAGCGAGAUUAUUGAGUAUUCCAAGGAGCUGAUGAAAAUGAUACACAAAGAGACAGGACUUGAUCUUAGAUCAUCUGAAAGAAAGGCGCCACAGACCAGCGGAAGGGUAGCUAGGACACAGCCGCAUGUUGAAGAUAAAACUGAAGUGCUAAAGCCAUCAAUCUACUCUGGAUCUGUGGUUACUUCAAGUCUAUCCAACCUGGGAUCUGCGAUUGGCUCACAGGUAAAAAACAUUAAAGAAAAGACAGUGGAGUAUGGAAGUAGAAUAGGAAGCACCGUUAAAGAAAAAGCAAAAUUGCUACUCGAGAAAGGAUCUGUAAGUUACUCAGGGGAUAUCAAGGGGAAGAAAGAUGCUAGUCUUAAGACACAGCAAAACCACACCAAGCCUGCAAAGAAAAGUGAUUGGAGCUGA